AUGGAAGGGUGGUUCAUUGGACAUGAGAGGAUUCACUCUUCCAAAUCCGAAGAGCAGAUAUCCAGCUUAUGCAGAAGAAUCUCAAGGCCCUGCAUGACCAUCAACCUGACUGAAAUGCUUCGAGCCGACAAAUCUAGCGAAGCGAAGAAGCCGAUUCCAAUCCGCCCCCCAAGCCCGAGAGUCUCUCAGCCCAAAAAACGAGAGUUCCAUCACAGUCCGUCCUGUGAACCACCGCCGAAACCCAUCAUCCGACAAAGGUCACGCUCUCUGCCCGCCACCACGCAGAAGAAGAACAAAUGCAGAAAUGUUGGUGUACGGUUUGUUGACUCUUUGGGGCUCGAUCUUGAAGACAUCAGGCUUUUUAAAUCAGGAGAGGAUCCAUUUGUCCCCCAUCAUGUUACCUUCAGAUUGUUGAUGGGUGCAGAAUUAGCUGAUGGAAAGCAUCUGGAGAUAUCCAUGCCAUAUUUGAGGCCGGUUUUUGCCCAACAACCUGGUGACCAGCCAGGGUUCCUGUAUCGUCUUCAUCAGCAGAAAGUUUGUCUGGAGAGGGUGUUGUGUUUUGAACUGGGUGUCAUAGGAAUCACCCAGGUCCUCAAUCUGGACUUUGAGAAGGAAGUCACAGCUCGCUAUACAUUCACAGAGUGGGGAAGCUGUACAGAAACUAAAGCCUCCUGGGUGUCAGCCAUCACUAAAACCUCAGAAGGAUGCAGGGAGCAACUCAGUUGUGACACAUUUCGAUUUCACCUACCUGUUCCUCCAUUCCUCCAGCCAGGUGCAGUGUUACAGUUUGCAAUAAAGUACAAAGUGCACGGGACUGAAUACUGGGACAACAAUAAUGGAGAGAAUUACAAGUUAGUUUGCCAUAACUACAAGCUCACUGUGCCAAAAGAAUGUGAGGACAGCAUGGUGCACUUCUUUUAAACUAAAUGUGGAAUUUAUUCAGAGCACUUUAUCACCGUUGUCUGUAUGAUAUUAAUAAUGCAUAACUUCAUAGUAACGCAAUCUUCAUUUUGUUUGACAUGUGUAAACAGAUGACUUCUUUGAAUGAAGUUUGUUCAUAUAAAUGCAAAACUCUGAGCAAACUUUGCCACAAUGUAAUAACUACACUCCUGCUCUAACAUCUGAAGCCAACUUUAGUGCCACUAUUAUAGGUCGGUAUUUUUUUUUUUUUUUUUUUUAAAUGCACCUUAUGUUUGUCACAUUAAAAAAAAUCCCUUUAUUGGAAAGUCAGAUGAAUGUGACACUUAUUAUUUUACAAAAUAGUUUUAUACUUUUCACAACUGUGGUGUUCUUAACAAUUAUGUGGCCUAUAUUAUACAGUGAUACUUAGGCCUAGUAUAUUGAUCCACAAAUAUUGAGUGAAUAUUUGUCACAUAAACUGUCCAAAACAUGUCACAAUAUUUUUUUAAACCUUUUAAAGAAUAUCAAAUGAAUGCUUAUUUUGUUUAACAAUAAAGAACACCUGCACACAAAACUCA